GAAUUCCAUAAACAACUUUCAUACUCGAGGAAACAGCUACAAAAACAGAUUUGCCCAUUACGAGUGAUUCAGGCCGAGACGCCGCAGCAUGAUAGGCCCUUUUAAAGGCGUCGCAAUCUGUAUUAGCGCAGCUUGCGCAUGUGCUUGUUACGCAGCUCUCUUGGCGGCAAGAAGAGCCAGGUCAGGCCAGAGUGGCAAAGCCGAUGGCCAACUUGCGCCGCUGCGCAAGGCCCUGCUCAAGGCCUUUCGCGACAUCAAGAACAGCAGAGAGUGGGACCAAUCAUCGGCAUGCAUUCUACUGAGCGGGGGGCUUGACAGCGCCUUGGUGGCGGAGAUAGGCGGCCGUGAGCUGGGCCUGAGCGCGGCCUUUACAGUCAUCUGUUCGGACGAGGCCACGGACCUCCAGUACGCCAUCGCAUCCGCCGCCGCGUCCGGCCUGACGCACCACGUGAUCCGCAUCUCGCUGCCCGACCUGCUGCGGCGCUACCUGCCGCUGGUGGUGCGCGCCAUCAAGAGCUUCGACCCCAUGUCGCUGCGCAACGACGUGGCCAUCGCCUGCGCGCUAUCCGAGGCUGCGGCGCGCGGCUACCGCUGCGCCGCCACGGGCGACGGCGCGGACGAGUUGCUGGGCGGGUACGGCUUCACACACGGCCUGGAGCCGGCGGCGUGGGCGCGGCAGCGCGACCACAUGGCGUCAGUGAUGCGCUUUGGCAGCACCACUCUGGGGCAACACCUGGGGCUGGCUGUGGCGUCGCCCUUCACGCAGCCGGGGGUGGUGGCGGCGGCCCAGGCGCUAGGCAAGGAGGACUGCGUGGUGGCCAACGACGCGGGUGACGGGCUGCAGGGCAAGAUGCCGCUGCGGCGCCUGUUCCCCCACGUCAGCAGUGCCCGCCGGCGCAAGGACCCAAUCGAGGUGGGCUGCGGCACCACAGCGCUGUCGCGGCCCGGCUACUUCGACGGCCUCAUCAGCGAGCAGGACUUCCAGGCGGGCGUGGCGGCGGCGGCGGCCGAGGGCGUGGUGCUACGGGACAAGGAGCACCUCGCCUACUACCGCGUGUUCAGGGAGGUGUUCCCGGCCGGCCAGGUGCCGGGGCUGCCCCGCCACGGCUCCGACCCCUGCCCCAAGUGCGGCUACCAGUUCUCCACCCGCACCCAGACCUUCUGCGUCACCUGCGGCCACUACGACCCCACGCUCCGCACCCGACACGACCAGCCGGCCGCAGCAGCCACUGCUGGUGGUGGUGGUGGUGCUGCUGGUGCUGCAGGCACCAGCGAGGCUGUAGCUGUUUAAGCUGUGAGGAAGGCAAAUCUCCUCUGACGACGAGUUUGGUCGCUGGUAUGCGCGAGUACUUGGGGUACGGGUGCAUAGGUCCAUCUCGGGAGAACUGAUGAGCGCCCAGCGUGCGACAGGCGUGCGACAGGGAACGUCGCGAAUGGUGGGUGAAUGGCAGUCAUGAUACCAGCAAGCCGGGUUGCUCUUGUUGAGGGACAGUUGCUGUGGCUCUGGCGUGGACCGGAUUGCAGGACUAGGUGGGAAGACGGCCAGUUUGGGUAGAUGCCAUCCACUGGAUGGGGCCGGCCCCCCCUUUAGCCGGGGGGUCGGGGGGAAUGCUGUGGGAGAGCGUCGCGCGUGCAUGCAUGGCGGCGCUUAAUUCAAAAUUUCGAAGUGUUGCUGCCCGGCGCCUGGCGCCCGGUACAGCCCAAUCCUUUCAAUCCUGCCCUUCAUAACUAAUAUAUGCUUGAACA